AUGCAAAGCGGUGCAAUCUCCGAUGGACAAAUUACUGCCUCGUCUGAAAGGGACUCAGCUCAUGCCGUCAUCUAUGGCAGACUUUUCUACACAGCGCAUUCAGGGGGAUGGGUGGCUUCUCUAUCUAAUACAAAUCAGUGGCUGCAGAUCGAUUUGGGUGAACAGACAGCCCAUAUUGGGUUAACAGCAACUCAAGCAAGACAUGGUCAAAGCCAGUGGGUGACUAAGUACAAACUUCAGUACAGUGAUCUUGGAACUUCCUUUCUUUUUUACAAGCAACAAGGUCAAAGCAACGACAAGGUAUAAAACUUGUUUCGCAGUCCUCACUUUGAGCCUCCAUUUUGAGCCUAAUUAUUUCCUGGUCACCGAUUUUCAUUUGAGAUCGAUUGCAUUACUUGUAUUACCAGACUUAUGGCUCUGUUAUCAUAGAGCUGGGAUGAAGAUAGUUUAACUCGACUAUCGUUGUGGUAUUUCCACUAAAUUACACCAAAAUGUUGCGUUGAUGUGUGACUAUACCCCGACGAACUAAGAAGAAUUUUGGGCAGCCUUAAGUCAUCCAAAUACCUAAAUUUGAUUUCGCCUCCCACUGUACUCUACAAGAUAGGAUAAUGUUCAAAGCGGUGCUCUAGAAUACUGUGAUUUCAUAAGUUUUGAACGUCGCCCAAGAUGGCCGGGUUUUUAUUUUGACUUCUAACAAAAUCUGAAUUUAAUUAAUUGCCAAUGGCAAAACGGUCUGAAAAUAAAAAAAUAAACAAAUCAUUGACUGAUUUUGAUUGUAUUUAUGUGUACGAUAAACGAUUUUCCUCUAAAAAUAGCUUUGCUGCACCAUGUGUUACCUCUUAAGACCGCGGGAAUAUAUCGUCAUAAUCAACAAGUAUGAAAUCCAAGGAAUACACUGAAGGCUAAGUUGAAAUUUUAUACACCGAGGGAUAUAUGUUUUAAACGAUACGUUUCUAACAGUAUGUGAUUAUCUUAUUUAACAUGUAGAUAUUUAAUGGAAAUACUGACAGCAACACAGUUGUCUAUCACUUCUUGUUUCCACCGAUUACUACACGAUACGUGCGGUUUCGCCCACUUACUUGGAAGGCCGUCAUAGCGAUGAGAGUAGAGCUUGUUGGCUGCCGUCCGUCAAAUGGUAUUGACAAAAAUAAUGACUUUAAUAAAUUUAAUUUAUAA